AUGGCGAGGGACUUCCGUCCGAAAGCAGCUCGAGGCAAGAAGCCUUCAGGGCAGUCCAGGCAAAAGAAAGGGGAACAGUCUGCGACGGGUGCGAACAGCGUCGUACAGGCCAGCACAGCAAAGCCACGCAGGGAGUGGAAGGGUGAAGCAGCAGCUGCAGCUCCUUCCUCUGCAGCCGACAGGGACGAAGAGGACUCUUCUUCUUCAGAAGACAACGUUGACGAUGAGACGCUGCUCAAGGAGAUCAAGUCGAUGGGCGGCGACAAGCAAGAUCUGGACCUCAUCAGGAAGCGGGGCAAGGGAAAGGCGAAGGCGUCGCGUGAUGAUGAUGAAGCAGAAGAAGAUGUGAGUGGUGUACUAUUCAUGCAGGCAGGGAGAAGGCGCACACAAGCUGAGACGUUUUCGUUCGGCAGGAGGACCUCGGCAACGAUCUUUUGCGUGGACGCACCCAAGCUGUCAGUCGUCGCAACCAAGGACAAGUCGAAAGACAAGGCCAGAUCUGUCGAAGCAAAGAAGAUCUCGCCUGCUGCAAGGGAUGGUGCUGAAACAGCAAAAAAGGGUUUGGUGGAUGAUUGGAAGGCACAACGGGAGGCCAAAGCAGCAGAGCGGAAGCAAGAGAAGGCAAAAAGCCAAGCUCAAGACGAAGGCCAGAGCUCUGUGCCUGCCAAGCAGCAAAAGGCAUCAAAGGAUUCAUCCGUGGAUGGCUUCGUAUUUCCGCCCACCACAAGAUGGAGCGAGGCCACGCUUCCUCCUCUUCCCGCAGCGGGAAAGACCACCGCCGCGGUCAGCGACGCCAAGAUGGCCGCAAUGCAAGCGCGAGGAAAGACGCUGCUGGAUGCCGACAAUGCUCGUUAUGCGAGCAUGACGGCCAGUGGCUCUGGACAAGGCCACGGGAUGCUGUCAUCUUCGGACGCCAAGUUCAUCUCCGAGCUUCUGGCGCCAGGAGGUGGCGCCAAAGGAGGAACACUCAGUCCGGUCCACAACCUACAAUCGAUGGAUACGCUGCUGAGCAUGGCCGCCAAGAAGAAUCGAGAAGAGAGCGGCCGGGCUACUCGAGCGCUGGCAGACGUGUUGGCAAAGGGAGGUGGACUGGGUGAUCGGAAGCUGAGGUACUUCAGGGAUCAGCCCACCGUGACCCAGCUCGCCGUCCUGUUCGAUGAUGGCGACUCGCAGACCCGCAAGAUUGUCGAUAUCCAUCUUAUGAUUGCUGCCUUUGAGGACCGGCUCAAGAAGUUCUACUUCGAGUUUCUCCAGACGCUCGAGACGCAGACGCACGACACUCUGCCCUUUGUCAGAAAGCAGGCCGUGUCGCAGAUCUUCAUCCUGCUGCGCGACAAGGCCGAGCAGGAGCAGAACCUCCUCCGGCUGAUCACCAACAAGCUUGGCGAUGGCGACCGGAGCGUGGCAAGCGCUGCCAGUAACAGCCUCCUCCAAGUCCUCACCGUCCACCCUGCGAUGAAGGCAAUCAUCGUCAACGAGGUGGCAAACCUGAUCAUGCGGCCCGUCGCGGCCUCCAGCACCAUCAGCAAGGACCCAAGCCUUUCGGCCAUCGGGCGUCACAAUGCGCAUGCACGCUACUACGGUACUCUGACUCUCAACCAGACGAUGCUGACCAAGCACGACGAGGCUGUGUCUAACCGUCUGAUUGCAAUCUACUUUGACCUCUUCAACGAGGUACUUCGGGAGAUGGACAAGGCGGACGGUGGUAAGGAAGAGACGAUUGAGGAGGCUGCCGCCAAAGAGGAAGCCGAGCAAAAAGCAAAGAAAGAAAAGGGGCGCUGGAGAGAUGGUGCCAACGGAAAAGGCAAGAAGGGCAAAAACGGCAAGGGCAAAGGAGCUCCUCAUAAUCCCCAAGACGAGGACAAGAUGGUGCAGGAUGCCGAUGCGAAGCUCAUGGCGGCCAUCCUGACGGGUGUGCGACGAGCCAUGCCAUUUGCCAAGGUCGACACCGAGAUCUUUGCGAAGCACAUCGACACCCUCUUCCGUAUCACCCACACCAGCACUUUCAACAUUGCUCUCCAAGCACUUCAACUCAUCUACCAAGUCAGCAUCUCCUCGCCUCUUUCUUCUUCCUCCGUAGGCAGCAGCAGCGCCAGUGGAACUUCAUCAUUGACGUCGAGCAUCGGCGAUCGCUUCUACCGGGCCCUCUACGCUAGUCUGCUUGACCCUCGGCUAGCAACGACCAGCAAGCAAGCGAUGUACCUCAACCUUCUGUACAAGGCUGUCAAGUCGGACGAGGACGACAAGCGAACGAAAGCAUUCGUCAAGCGCUUUGCCCAGACACUUCUCCAUGCUGAACCACCGUGGAUCUGUGGAUCCCUCUUUCUUCUCGGCGAGCUCUUCACGGCAAAGCCGGGUCUGCGCAUGAUGCUGACCGAGCCCGAGGAAGAUGAUGAGGAACACUUUUACGACGUACCCGAUGAUGGUGAAGACGCUGAAGGAGGAGAAGUCGACAGCGCAGCAAAAAGAGAGGCGCUUCGCCGGUCUUUGGCCCAAGAAAAGAAGAAAGAGUAUGACCCGCUCAAGCGCGAGCCUCAAUAUGCUCGGGCCGAACUGUCGUGCCUCUGGGAGAUGACCCGGCUGAUGGCGCACUAUCACCCCUCCGUCUCGUUGCACGCCAAGCAGCUCCUUGCUGGCGAGAGGGUCACGACGACAGCAGACUUGACCUUAAACACGUUGAGCCACUUUUUGGACCUGUUCGUCUUCAGAAACCCCAAGAAAGGUGCCAGGGACGCAAGCAAGGCAAAGCAAAAGGGCGUCAGCAUCAUGCAGCCUGCCGCCGCCGCCGCCUCGGGGCAGAGCGCCGCCAUGAAUGGCGGAGGUGUCGUGAGGAUCAAGGGUGGAGGUGUUGGAAUGGACGAAUACGUCAACUCGGAAGCCUUCUGGAAGAAAAAGGCUGGCCAGGUGCCGGUCGAUCAGCUCUUCUUCCACAAGUACUUCAAUCAGAAAUUGGAGAGGAGUCAGGCGGCUUCAGAUGCGGCGAAGAAGUCCCACAAGGACCGAAAGGUAGGCGAAGAAGAGGAAGCUGACUCCGCGACCGGAGCAGAAGAGGACGAUGACGUGGACGCCGAGGAUAGCGAUGACGUUAUGAUUGAGGGAGAGGACGAGAUGGGAGGAUCAGACGACGAAGAGGAGGAAGAGGACAGCGAUAUGGAGCGUGAAAUCUGGGAGGAGAUGAAGAGGACCAUGCCGAAGGAGCGCGGUGAUGAGCUGCUGGACGACGAGGAGGAGGAAGAAGACGACGAGGAUCUGGACAUGUACGAGGACAGCGAUGACGACGAAGGGGGCGACGAGGAGGACGAAGAUGGAGAGGAGGGGAUGUUUGAAGAGGACGAAGACGACCUCAUGCCAUUCCACGGCUUUGACGAGGAUGGCGACGAGGACGAGGAAGCGUCGAGGAGCGCUAAGAGGAAGCUCUCUGACGUUGGCGACGAGGAAGAGGAAGGAAAGGAGCUGAGCAAGAGCCAAGCAAAGCGGAGAGAGAGAAAGAAGAAGAAGGCGCUUCCGACGUUUGCGUCGGCAGAGGACUUUGCCCACCUGCUGGGCGACGACGAGAGUGAUGAGGAAUAGUAGCCGCCACAGCUGGGACAGUGCCAAUUGUAGCCUUUCAACUAAAAUCUUCAAUAAAGGAGUGUAUGUGAAUGCCAUUGAUGGACUGGAACGGCGACUGGUACAGAUGAUAAGAGUACGACAUGUGCGACUGAAAGAAAAGUGAUUGCGGCCGUAAAAUAGGUAGGAGAUCGCCAGGAGCACUGGGGAGCAG